UUUCCCGCUUCCUUCCAGAACCGCCAUUUUAAAUAAAACACCUCGCGCGGGCGCGUUCGAUUGCCAGGAUAUCUGAUUCCGCCGCUUUUUGCCAGACUUCCUCCCGUCCCCUCAAAUAACUAAGGCCUCUUGCUUUACUGGUUUUCGCCGUGUAUUAGCCUACCUGUGAGAUUGUCCCGUCAAUACUACGCCAUCAACACAGUAUAAGAAACAUGUCUUCUGACAUUGCUGCAGAUACUCUGAAUAAAGAAGAGUCUGAAAUAGCUGAACAGUCCAAUGAGGAGAAAAUAAUUGAAACAGUUCCAAGUGAAAGUGAAGGAGAAAAUGAAGAGGAAGAUGAUGAUGAAGAGGAGGAAGAAGAUGAAGAUGAGAAAAAAGAAAAGAGCCUUAUUGUAGAGGGUAAAAGAGAAAAGAAGAAGGUGGAAAGACUGAGCCUGGAAAUGACAUUAAUUAAAAAAGAGCAAGUCCUUACGGAAGGUAAAGGACAGAAGCUGUACGAUAUUGAGCGUAUUCAGUACUUCAUAAAGAAGAAAAAAUGUGAGGAACUCCGACUUUUACACAGGCUGCUUUUUAACAGAGUGGGCACGGUCAAUCUGGUAAAGAAAAAUAUUGGUCAAUUUAAUGGUUUUCCAUUUGAGGAAGGAACUGAACAGUAUAAGAAAAAAGAGGAUAUGCUUAAAAAAUUUAAGAAGAGUGAUUUGAAGAAUAUCUGUGGUGUCCUUGAUCUAGAAAAGUCUGGUGUCAACAGUGAAUUGAUAUCCAAAAUUAUGACCUUCCUUAUGGAGCCGAAGUCUACAGGAAAAUGCAUUUUUUCUUCCAAACUGCUGUAUGUUCAAGAAAAAGCUGUACAAUCAGAAAGUGAAUCUGACAACAGCUCUGAUGAUGAGCCCUUAAUUAAAAAGCUGAAGAAACCACCAACAGAUGAUGAGCUGAGAGAGACUGUGAAAAAGCUAUUGGCCGAUGCGAAUCUGGAAGAAGUCACAAUGAAACAAAUCUGCAAAAAGGUGUAUGAGAGCUAUCCCAGUUAUGAUCUGUCUGCAAGGAAAGAGUUUAUCAAAGCCACAGUAAAAGAGUUAAUUUCGUGAUCACUUUUAUGCACCGUAAAAUACAUGGACUGUUGGCAUGUUUCUAUGGAUUGCAAGCUCAGAACCUAAAACCAGCAAAUAUGUAUAUGGUUUUUACCACUUCGGGUACAUUAUGUAAUUUUUAAGCAAGUUUGCUAUUGUUUGCUUUUUUAUUAUUAUUAUGUUUAAAUGCUUAUGUAAAUUGCGUAAUUAAAAAAAACUGCUUCUUUUUACACUGAUUUAAAAUGGUGUUUUUAUUAGUUAUGUGUGUGUUUUUAUUCAGUUUAAAGGGACAGUCAACUCUAAAAUUGUUGUUGUUUAAAAAGAUAGAUAACCUUUACUAUCCAUUCCCCAACUUUGCUCAACCAAUAUUGUUAUAUUAAUAUACUUUAUAACAUUCAAACAUUUAAAUUUCUGCCUGUUUCUAAGCCACUAUAGACAGCCUCUAAAUCGCAUGCUUUAUUUGCUUUUCACAACAGGACACUGCUCGUUCAUGUGGGCCAUAUAGAUAAGUGUGCUGACGCCCGUGGGUUCUGCACAACACAGCUAAAAUGCAAGUCAAUUGAUGAUAAAUAGUUAUAUGAUCAGGGUGCUGUCAAAAGAGGCUUAGACACAAGGUAAUCAGAGGUGAAAGGUAUAUUAAUAUAACCAUGUUGGCUGCGCAAAACUGGGGAAUGGGUAAUAAAGGGAUUAUCUCUUUUUAAACAAUAAAAAAUUGAGUUGACUGUCCCUUUAAUUCUUGAUCAGAUAUUUUUUUGGUGUUGGAGGGUCCAAGUCAAUACAGAUUAUUUAUAGUUUUCUGAUAAUACACCACUGACUGUAUCAUUCAACAGUUAAAUCUGAUUACUGAAAAUAUCAGUGGAAUGUACACAAAUGGAAAAACUACACAACCAAAAAAACUAAUAGGAUCAUUUUUACCCCCAGCAUCAGAUUCAGAAAAAAUAUAACCUAUCCUUAUUGCUUCUAGAGAGCCAGUACAUGGCAAUUGUUGGUCCUAUCUGCUAGCAAAACCAGGAUUAAUCAUGUUCUGUAGAAGUUGUGACUAUAGUGAGAUGUAUGGGCAUAUAAAUAAACUACUCUUAUGUGUUUGGUUGUUUUUUUCUUAUAUUUUCUUGAUAUGUGUUUUGUUCAGUAUACUGCAGUUUGCUUUGUGUUAACACCCACUUCUCUUAUUGGUGGCUCUUACUAAGAUUCUGGACAUAAUGGGCUCUUAUAAUUUUUAAAUUAUUACACUUGAAACAUGUUUAUAUAUAAAUCAGAAAGAAAGCAUUUCAAAGUUUCUUGCUGUUGAAAAUAGUCUUAACCUUGUUAAGGCUGCAAUUGCCAGCAGAUAUUUUUUUUUUCUAAUGACAUGCUUGUAAAAAACCUUAUUAGAAAUAUAUACCUAAAAUAAGAGAAUAGAAACUGUGGGUUUUGAAAUACAAACACUGCAGCUCAGUGCUCAAAGCUAAAUAUUAGAAUCUUCACACAGCUACAUAGAUUUCACAUUUACCUUUUUACACUGCAUGAUUAUUCAAUGUGAUAUUGUACUUUAAUAAAUGUUGUCAUGUCAAGUGUUGCAGUAAAGUAUUCAAAAUGUCAACGUAUUUAACAAACUUCUACAAAAGAAUCUCAUUUUGGAAUAUUAAACUUUUUUUAAAACUCUUCUGUGUGCAUAAUGUUUGUCCUUAUACGGUGCAUGUAGAUGUUGGUAUUUUUGUAACUUUGUUUAGAUUUAUUUUUUAAGUAUAAAAUUUUUAAAUGUA